ACACCACAAAACAGUAACAAAACCACGUUAACGUUAGAAUAACCUCUGAAUCAACUUUGCUUAGAAUAGUAUAACAUUAUGCUUAGAGUAUAAAGUUGAAGUGCUGAAAAUGGCUCUCUUGCUGAUUCAGUUGGAUGUUGCUGUCCUCCUUCCACUUCCAGGCGUUCGCGUGACCCUAGAAUGACGUGACGGUUAUAAAGCCAAUGAAAUUGCGAGUUGCCAAACAACGCUAAUCCAUUUUGUUUUGGUGUUUAUCAUAAAAACAUCCAACUGCACCUAUUGAACAACGAUAAUUGUUCUACCGUUGGACAAAGAGAACAAUAACAACAAAAGACGAACAAGCAAUCACAUUCAAAAUCUCACAACCGUUACUUGUUGGCUGUCCUUUUUAGCUUGCGGACACUUCUGGCACAAGACAUCUUUUAAGACCUGUUUACAACACGAUCAUAUCCAGCUCCAGUGACACAAGAGAAAAGAGAUUACAUGAGGUACCACGGAAGCAAAGCAGGAGGCCAACUGCAUCAGAAUACUAUUCGACGGUUUUCAUGCUGAGAAAACAAUCCAAACGCCUGGGCAAUCAAACCAUUGUUUAGCACAUUGGUUGAAAACAUUUCGUGGCGGAAAAAACUGAGGAAAACAUGGCGACUCCGAGUGAGGAAGCAUCAACUCACUUGGAUUUGGAUGUUGGAAUCAUAGAAGAAGAGGAAUAUAGGCAAAGAGAGACUUUAGAAGAGCUCAUCAUCCAGCCAGAGUAUCUACUCGCAGAGGAAUCCUGCCGUUAUGACGCUUAUCCAAUGGCGCCGCUAGAGCUUAAGCUUGAAGAUAGAUUAAUAGUGAGUACAAGCAUCAAUCCAGCUGGAGCUUUGGAAAUAUUGCGAACAGACGGUAACUUGAAGUUGCCCACAAUAAUUUUAUCUAUUUUCACGGAUGAAGAAGAUGCAUUUUUUGAUGAUGACGUCAAACAUGCAUUGGAAGAAGGUCUUGCUAAGAUUAAUUAUGCAACCGAUAUGUGGCUGCUGAUCAGUCCAAAAGAAACAGCAGUAUCAGAACUUGCAGUACGAACAUUUGUCAAAACUUGUGACAGAGACAAUCUGAGCAGAAGUGCUUGCAUUGGAAUUUUUUCUUCUCCAGAAGAGAAAGGCAGUUUUUCUGACGAUAUAAUGAUAUUCGAGAAAAAAAACAAAUCUUUGGAAGACAGAUAUACGCACAUUCUGCGUCUUGGGGCUGAUUGCAAAUUCCAUCCGGCUUUGGAAGAGCUACUAGCUUCCUUGGAGAUAGCCAAAGACGGACGGCGCUCUUCAACACCUGUUGUCAGUAUACUUGUUCACGGUGGAGUCGAGGCAUGUAAAAAGCUGAAAGAGGACAUGGAAGGCUACCCUAGUAUCCCUGUUGUCAUUGUUAAAGGCAGUGGUGGACUUGCUGAUGUCAUUGUAGAUGCAUUAGCAGCACACAACAAACUGAAAAAGAAAGGACGCCUAUUACAUUCUCAUAUCAAAAAUUUCUUGGAGCAAAGUUCUCUUGCUGGCAACUCUCUCGUAGUUGAUCAUGUUAGAAAUCUUGUGGAUACAUACAGUAACUCUAUGAUAGUUUACGAUCACAAAAGAGAUCCCUAUGGGCUGCAUCGUGCAGUGUUUGAGUGCUGUAAAGUUCUCUCUGGCCAAACUCCUUCGAUCGUCAAAGCAAUGAAAUUGGCCAUUUGCAUCGGAGAUAUUACGAAGUUUAAAAAUGACAUUAUCAGGAGUGACCCUUGGGUGCGGAGAUCACUCUUUUACUUUGCAAUCAAGAAUGAAAAGGCAGAUUUCGUUAGGUUCUUGCUGAGCAAAAAUGAAAAAUUAGAGGAUUUUGUGGAAUCAAAGUUUCAUACAUUGUGUCAAAAGAAAUUUGAAGAUGAAACGUUUUUUCGAAAAUUGAUGAAAAAGGAGCGAGACAAAGAAGAUAAGAAUAAAAAUAAAAAGGAGAAUGAGCAAGACAAAGAAAAAGAGUGUGCAGAGAAAAAUGAAAAUACCUCAAAUGAAACGUUGGCAGAUAUAAUUAAGCUGCAGGCGAUUGGAGAUGAAGAUGCAAAAGAGCUAGUUGAGCGACCAACCUCUCCAUAUUCAAAGAAUGGAACAAAAAAGUCUGAGGAGAAAACCGGAUUCAAAAUGGAGUAUUUUGAUACGUUGCUAGAAAAUUUACUGGAUAGAGAUUUUGUUAGGUGCUUUGGAGAAGAAAGUUCGCACGGUGAAUUGUUGACAGCGACGCAAAAGAUGAUAUUCUGGUCAAUAUUCAACAACAUGCCAAAACUUGUUAACUGCUUCUGGGAACACGAAAGCGACAAAGCAGUUGAAAAUGCUGUUAUCAUAUUCCGGGUAGCAAAAUCUCUCAGUCAUUACACUGUCUUGAGUGAAACUGCAAGGAAAGGUUUCGGGACCAUUGCAGAGGAAUAUGAAAAGCGAGCGGUCGAUGUUUUGACAUGCUAUUACCAGACCGACACUGAAGCUGCCAUUGACAUCGUUAAAAGACGCAUGCCUUUAUGGGGUAAUAAGAGCAUCCUAACCAUUGCUGCUAACAGUGGUUCUCGAGAAAUUGUGUCACACCCGUCUUGUCAGGAAUUUCUUACCAAUGUAUGGAAUGGAAAGAUAUAUGAAAAAAAGAUUAAGAAAGACGACAAAAAGGAAAAGAAUGACCAAGAAGGAAAGGAAGAAGAAGAAGAAGAAGAAGAAGAAGAAGAAGAAGAAGAAGAAGAAGAUAAAAAACAGAGAUGGUUUAAUUUAUUAGGAUUCCUGUUUCGUGUGCCUAAGGGGAAGCUUUACCUGUAUGAGUUCAUGUUCACAAUAUUCUUGGGAUGUUUUUCCUUUAUCGUCCUCGUGAAGAAAGGCAAAUACCAUGAUCCGUUGAGGUACACUGUAUUUACAAUUGUUACAGCCUUGGCUAUCGAUGAAAUCCGGGAGGUUUUUGAGAUAAAAAAGGAUACAUUGUGGUUAAAGGUAAAAGAAUGGUGGAAGAGUAUUUGGAACAGGCUGGAUGUGAUUGCCCUUAUUCUUUUUUACAUUGCUUUUGCAUUUGGGUUCUUUGAUCACAGAACAGCAGAAAGAUCCAUGAUGGCUGUCGAUCUUGUGCUAUGGGUUAUCAAAUUUGCACAAUUUUACAGAAUGUUCUACUCUCUUGGACCAUAUCUUAUCAUGAUUUAUAAAAUGAUAUUCCAUAUGGCUGGAUUCUUCUUGGUACUUGUCAUUGCUGUCAUUGCAUAUGGAAUCUUUAUGCACACACUCUUGUUCCCGGAUGUAACAGUUUCCUGGAAAAUUUUGUUCAAAGUCCUUUUCAGACCUUACUUACUUGCAUUUGGAGAGCUUGGAGUGGAAAAACACGAUCUCUCCAAGGGAACAACAAUUUAUGGGACGCCAAAAGUCAGCGAAUCAACGGAAAUAAUCGUUGUCAUUGGAAUGUGCCUAUAUCUUUUGUUGGCAAAUGUUCUCUUGAUAAACAUGCUGAUCGCAGUCUUUAAUAACAUAUACGAGGACAUCAAAGAAAAUUCGGACAAGAUAUGGCGAUUCGAUAAAUACGACUUAAUUAUGGAGUUCGAGAGGAAGCCAACGGCACCAAUUCCCUUCUCGAUAUUUCCAAACAUCAUACGGAUUUGUUGGGCAAUUCGGGCUCUAACAAAGUCAAACACGUCUAAAGGAGGAGAACAUGAAUUAACUAAAUGUCAAAAAUGCUUGCGCUUUUGCAUUUGUUGCAAGCCCAUGUGCAAGAAAAUGUUGCCAGGUCAAUCAAAAGCAGAGGUGCCUUCAAACACUGAUGAAGAUCUGACAGAUUUUCAGUCGAAAUGUAUGUGGGAUUACCUCAGAGAAAGUAGUCAAAAAGCAUCGCUUAGUGAAGAUGUAGGCUCCAUUGUCAAAAGAUCUGACCAGCUCACAAAUGAUAUGGUCGAGUUCAAUGAAAGACUGGACAAUUGCUUCGAGAUUUUGAUGAGACUUGAUCAAGGAAAUGGUGGUGGUGAAUAUAACUGAAUGGCCACGUACAUUGUUUUCUUGAGUGA